AUGAGGGAUUACAAGAAUUUCUGUGACAAGAUCAGGGCGUCUAACAGCGAAUGUGGGAUUUAUUUGGGGAAAAUAGGGUCUGCACGUUGGUCUAGAACGUACUUUGGGGGCCAGAGGUAUAAUAUAAUGACAAGUAACAUUGCUGAACAGCUAAACAACGCAUUGGUAGAGGGUAGGUCGUCCCCAAUAAUUGAGUUGGUGAUGUUCAUACAAGGGAUGAUGACAAGGUGGUUCAGUGCAAGACGUAAGAAGGCCAAUAAGCACCGGGGUCUGAUGACAAUAGAAGUCGAUAAAGUGAUGACAAAGACAAUGGCGCUGUUGGAGCAGAAGAAGUGUACUUGCAAGUACUUUGACAACAUGAAGAUACCAUGUGGGCAUGCCAUGAUUGCGGCCGACAACAUAGGGCUCGCAUAUGAGACUAUGGUUGGUCAUUGGUACAAGACGGUGGCGUGGAGGGAAACCUAUGCAGGUGUUAUUAGGCCAAUUGGCGACCCCAGGGACGAAUCUAUUCCAGAAGACGUGAGGGAUGCAAUGUUGAUGCCACCAUUGACUAAGAGGCCACCAGGGAGGCGUAGAACCAAACGAUUCCCCUCGACAGGGGAGAUGCCGGGUCCUAAGAAGAAGUCAGUGCCUAAUAAGUGCGGGAGGUGCAGGGUAGAAGGACACAACCGCACCAAUUGCACGGUUCCGAUAUGA